AUGGGGAAACGAACAUCCGUGGACGCUGACGGAGCUGCCGCUUUCCGGAAGCGCCAGAAAAUCACACACGAUGUUCCCACUGGCGAGGAUGUAAACACUGGGGAGCAGCUCCAGCGCCUACUCGCCUUCGACCAAGACAUGCGCCGAGCAAGACAUGGUCUUCAAUCCUUCAAAAGGCUCCUUGACAAAAUUAUCUCCGGCGAUGGCGAUCGAUCUACGAACCUUGGUAUUCUACGGGAGUAUCUCGAACUAGUGAAGCCGCGGCACGAGGGCGACGAUGCUGUUUUCCUGGGGGACAUCAUGGAGAUGUGGUCGUUUGCUGCCCAAGUGAAUGAAGGCGGCGUCAUGUCCUCUGCGGCUGUUGUCUUAGCGCUUGUGCUAAAUAUCGUCUCCGAUUCAUUAGACUUGGUCAAGCAUGGACUUGGUAUCUGCCAGUCGCUUGUCCAAGAUCGCCAACUCAAGUCAAUUUCGAAAAAUUUAUCCUCGGACAAAACGAAAAGCUUUAUUAUAUCUCCGACUUUGCGCCUACUUCGGGAAGCUGUGAGCCUAGACGGAGGUGCCUAUGCAAGGAAGAUAGUCCGUGCCAGAACGUAUACUUUCGCGUCUCUGGGAAGAAACUUAGAGAUUGGCGUUGCUGGCGACAGUCAAGGAGACUCUGGGAAAGCAUCAGUGAGAACAAACGCUGUUCGUUUUUUCUUGAGCUGCCUCAGGUACCUACACUCCGAUGGCCGAAAAGAGCUCCUCUCUCAGAAAGAAUUGUUGUCGCAUUUAACAUUCAUGAUCAAGAGCGACCCUCCGGCUCUUGUCUUGGAGAUCUUGGACACCUUAAAGACUCACAUUCUAGCAGACAGCAAGAUUUCACGAGACAUCAAGUUCAAAUGCUUCAACACCAAGACCCUGAUGCGAAUUCUUGCUCUGUAUACCUAUACCAAUAGCUCAGAGGCAGAGAGCGAGGUUGAUCGAGUAACCGAGAAAGCUCACCAGUUCCUUAUGUAUGUCUGUACGCAGCCGGGCGCGGGUAUUUUAUACCCAUCUACAGGUCUCUACCCCAAGGAGACGGAUGAGGAGUUCUCAGUCCAGCUUGCCAAGCAGAAAAGCUCAGCACACGGAAUUGUAGGCAAGGAUGAUACAUACCGUGAUGGAGUCCCUGUUUACAAUUUUGUCUUGUCUGAAUUUGCUGCAAAAUUGCGUCCCUGGUCCAGCAUGAAGCACAGCGAGCUGCUGACAGCAAUGUUUGAGGCCGCUCCGGAAUUAAUAGCAAACUACUUUCUCAACAACCAAUCCUUCACUUUUGAACCGAAAUUAACAAUGACUUGGAUUGGGUAUGCAUCAUUCCUAUUCGAUACAAUGAGGAUCCCGCUCCCCCCCUCAUUUGGCGACAAAACGCGCUUUUCUCGCGGUCCUCCACCUACUCAGAUUCUUUUGGAUAACAUCUUGCCGCUUCCGCUAAAUCAAAGAGUCAUAAUUCGCUGCCUCUCGCCAAAUUCAAACUUGACGUCAUUCUUUGCGACAAGAAUGCUGAUCGAAGCGCUGGAGAAACUUUCAGUAGCCAUCAAACUGCAUGAAGACGCCUUUCGAGCAACAGAUGCCCAGUGGUCUGAAGCAGCCCGAAGAUUGAUUGAUGCCUUCUGCAGGCGCAUUCCAGACAUGAAAGAGAUUGUACGAAGUUAUAAAAGCAUUGCUAGUGAGAAUGCAUUGCACAAAACUAUGGCCAGCAGGCUGCUUCUCUUGUAUUAUGAGAUUAUUCCGCAAGUUGCACUGGCUGCAAACUUUGACGUCUCGCCUUUCUUCGUUAGCGUCCUACGAAGCUUACAAGAUGAAAGUUCCGAUCACCAGCACGAUGGAUUCCGCGAGAUGGAGCUGGAGAACUUGGUGUCGAUUGCUGGCUACUCUCCUGGCAUGAGAUGGUUCUCUAGGAUUGAGAUUAUCAGCGGCGAAGGCCCUUGUUCACCCUUCACCGCGCUUCUUAAACUACUUUCCAGCAGUGAUCGAGCAGCACCACUUCAUCAGCUUAAAAAGGUCCUUGCAGACGUUGCGGUGGAAAAUCAGCUUGUUUCCGCGGCUACCAGAUUGAAACCUUUCCUUCAAGCCCUUACGAUGAGUAUGGAUGAGAUUAGCUCGGAAGAAAUGGAGAAAGUCUGGCCAUUCUUGGAUAACUGCCUUAGCCGCUGCGCCACUUCGCCAAUCAAGUAUCUCGAUGUACUCCAAAACUAUCUCACCGAUGAUAACGUCGACGUACAAGCAACGGCUGAUGACCGCAGCUUCAAUUUACUUACUGUUGCCAUAGCAGAACAGCUUCCUUUUAUCAUGGAGUCCACUGACGCUCAGGGGCUCUCUGCGCUAUCCAAUUUCAUAUCCCUAUACUUCAGCGCAUUGUACAAGAAAAAGGGAAGCGAUGCGCUUAAACGUGUCUACAGCAAAAUCGAGGAGUCUUUUGCGUCACGCUCGGUGAAGCUGGCAGGUUUAGGGAAACGAAAAAUACCAAAAUCCAUAACCAGUGGCAGCCAGGAAGAUGAAAAGGAUGACGAGGAAGGAGAGGAUCAAAAUAAUGGAGAGAAGCAGACGACAAUGGAUGAAGGAAAGCUAGAAGAGGCGUUACAUAUUCCGUUUUCAAGUCCAGAGGAUACAGCGGUGCUCCUCAGAUGGCACGCCAAAGGUGUCGAAGAUCUGGUCGAAGAUGGUUUGAUUGCAAACUUGAUUCGCCUCCUCGCCUCAGAACACACCAAUAUCCGCAAAGAGGCACUUACAAAUAUUCUCAAGAUGGCCGCUAAAAUCGAUGAGUCGUCAUAUGAAGAGAAGAAGCAAUUCUGGCUGCUCCUGUCCGAGCUGGCAGAGUCGUCGCGGCCACAGGUUGAUAGCGGUCCGAUUCCGUCAGCAUUUAUAGCCUUCUCCAUCCAUGCUCUGGACGUCUUGAAGAACCCUCUACAUCCGCUCUAUCCCAAGAUCAACAGCUUCUUGACUCGAAGCCCUGUCUGGUCGCCAGAGAAGCUCCCUCUAGCUCACGAUAUUCUUCAUGGAGAACCUUCAGAGGACGACAAGUACUACACCGAAAUUGCCUGGUUCUUAACCUACAUCCUCGAUGCUCUCAAGACUCCCUUUGACUUGAGCAUCUUCCACAAGAAGCGUUGGUUCGAAAAGAUUCUCGCCCUGGGAAGCAACCCAUAUCUCCGCGCCAACCUCCGUACCAGGAUCCUCAGAAUCAUCUACCGGGCCACUUGCAUCGACUCUGGCAGCACGACGCUAAUCACUAGAUUCGGACUGCUCGCCUGGCUAGACGCGCAAAGAGUAGCGUGUGGCGUUCCUGAAGAUACAGAGCUUUACAAGGCGCUCAUGAGUCGGGCGUGGAAGACUUGUGAUCAGGCGAGAGUCAAGACGUGGAGCAAAAACGGGGUGGAAAAGCUUCUUGGAGAUAUGCAAUUGCAGUAG